AUGGUGGUUCCCGAGAAGGAGCAGAGCUGGAUUCCGAAGAUCUUCAAGAAGAAGACCUGCACCACGUUCAUCGCUGACCUCUCAGAUACGGGAGGGACCCUGUGCCAGUGUGGGAAUUCCCGAAGUAUUCAUCCUUCAGUGGCUGUGGAGGAUGCAUUUGGAGCGGCCGUGGUGACCGAGUGGGAUGGCGACGCACACACCACUGAGAAGCCCACUGAUGCCUAUGGGGACCUGGAUUUCCUGGGCGCGGGCCGCAAGCCUAGCAGUUUCCUUCGUCUCUCUGACCGAACGGAUCCAGCAGCUGCCUAUAAUCUGGUCACAAGCACAUGGGGCUUUCGUGCCCCGAACCUGGUGGUGUCAGUGCUGGGGGGCUCCGGGGAACCAGUCCUCCAGACUUGGCUGCAGGACCUGCUGCGUCGAGGGCUGGUGCGGGCUGCCCAGAGCACAGGGGCCUGGAUUGUCACAGGCGGGCUGCACAAGGGCAUUGGUCGGCAUGUUGGUGUGGCAGUGCGGGACCACCAGACGGCCAGCACCGGGGGCAGCAAGGUCGUAGCCAUGGGCGUGGCCCCCUGGGGCGUGGUCCGGAACAGAGACACCCUUCUCAACCCCAAGGGCUCCUUCCCUGCAAGGUAUCCGUGGCGCAGCAACCCCGAGGACCAGGGCCAGGCGGCCAGGAGACAGUUUCCCCUGGACUACAAUUACUCCGCCUUCUUUCUCGUGGACGAUGGCACCCACGGCCGCCUGGGUGGCGAGAACCGCUUCCGCCUGAAUUUCGAGUCCUACAUCUCCCGGCAGAAGAUUGGUGUCGGAGGCACUGGAAUUGACAUACCUGUUCUCCUCCUCCUGAUUGAUGGCGAUGAGAAGAUGCUAAAGCGGAUAGAAGAUGCCACCCAGGCCCAACUCCCUUGUCUCCUGGUGGCUGGGUCUGGGGGUGCUGCAGACUGUCUGGCAGAGACCCUGGAGGACACUUUGGCCCUAGGGAGUGGGGGGUCCAGAAGAGGUGAAGCUCAAGACCGGAUUAGGCAUUUCUUUCCCAAAGGAAAUCCUGAGGUUCUUGAGGCUCAGGUAGAGAGGAUCAUGACCCGGAAGGAGCUGCUGACAGUCUAUUCCCUUGAGGAUGGCCCGGAGGAAUUUGAAACCAUUGUUUUGAAGGCCCUUGUGAAGGCCUGUGGGACGUCAGAGGCCUCAGCCUACCUGGAUGAGCUGCGUUUGGCUGUGGCUUGGAACCGUGUGGACAUUGCCCAGAGUGAACUCUUCAGGGGGGACAUUCAGUGGCGGUCCUUCCACCUUGAGGCCUCCCUCCUGGAUGCCCUCCUGAAUGACCGGCCCGAGUUUGUUCGCCUGCUCAUCUCGCGCGGCCUCAGCCUGGGCCACUUUCUGACUCCAGAGCGCAUGACCCAACUGUACAGUGUGACACCCCCCAACUCGGUGGUCCGCCACCUUCUGGACCAGGCAUCCCAUGGUGCGGGCGGGGGGACCAAAACCGCAGCCCCUAAAGGCUCUGCGGAGGCCCCACCUCCAGACGUAGGGUACGUGCUACGGCUGCUGCUGGGGGAAAUGUGUGCGCCAAGGUACCACACCGCGAGUGCCGGGGAUCCCCACGCUGGCCAUGGCUGCCCGGAGAGUACGUGCCUGCUCUCAGUUAGAGCGACCUCGGACCUCAGACUGGAUGCUGUCCUUGGUCAGGCUCCCUGGAGUGACCUACUGCUCUGGGCACUCUUGUUGAACAGGGCUCAGAUGGCCCUUUACUUCUGGGAGAUGGGCUCCAACGCUGUGGCCUCAGCUCUUGGGGCCUGUUUGCUUCUGCGAGUGCUGGCACGCACAGAGUCUGAGGCUGAGGAAGAAGAGAGGAGGAAAGAUCUGGCAGCCAAGUUUGAGGGACUAGGUGUUGGUCUUUUUGGCCAAUGCUACCGCAGCAAUGAGAAAUGGGCCGCCCGCCUUCUCCUGCGCCGCUGUCCCCUCUGGGGGGAUGCCACCUGCCUCCAACUUGCCAUGCAGGCUGAUGCCCGUGCCUUCUUUGCCCAGGAUGGGGUUCAGUCUCUGCUGACCCAGAAGUGGUGGGGGGAGAUGGACAGCACCACGCCCGUCUGGGCCCUGGUUCUCGCCUUCUUUUGCCCCCCACUCAUCUACGCCAACCUCAUCACCUUCAGGAAAUCCCAAGACGAAUCUACGUGGAAGGACGUGGAGUUUGACACAGAUAAGGGCGUUAACGGGGAAGGGCCUGUUGGGCCUGCAGACCCUGGAGAGAAGAUGCCACUGGGGAUGUCUGGACAGCCCAGACACAGUGGCUGCUGUGGGAGGCAAGGCUGGCGUCUGUGCUUACAACGCUGGUCCCACUUCUGGGGGGCACCUGUGACGGCCUUCAUGGGCAACGUGGUCAGUUAUCUGCUCUUCCUGCUGCUCUUUGCCCGUGUGCUCCUCAUCGACUUCCAUCCCACGUCCACCAGCUCCCUGGAGUUAGUGCUCUACUUCUGGGCCUUUACCCUUCUCUGUGAGGAGUUCCGGCAGGGCCUGGGUGGGGGCUGGGGCAGCCUAGCCACCGGGGCGCACCCCCAUGGCCAGACUCCGCUGCGCCGCAGACUGCGUCUCUACCUCGCUGACACCUGGAACCAAUGCGACCUGGUGGCCCUCACCUGCUUCCUCCUCGGAGUGGGCUGUCGGCUCACAUCAGGUCUGUAUGACGUUGGCCGCACUGUCCUCUGCCUCGACUUCAUGAUUUUCACGCUGCGACUGCUGCACAUUUUCACAGUCAACAAACAACUAGGACCCAAGAUUGUCAUAGUGAACAAGAUGAUGAAGGAUGUGUUCUUCUUCCUCUUCUUCCUCGGUGUGUGGCUGGUUGCCUAUGGGGUGGCCACGGAAGGGCUUCUAAGACCCCAGGACCGUAACCUACCAAAUAUCCUGCGUCGCGUCUUCUACCGGCCCUACCUGCAGAUUUUUGGGCAGAUCCCACAGGAAGAGAUGGACGUGACACUCAUGAAGCAUGUGAACUGCUCGUGGGAGCAAGGUUUCUGGGCACGCCCACCGGACACGCCCACGGGCUCCUGUGUCUCCGUGUAUGCCAACUGGCUGGUCCUAGUGCUGCUCAUCGUCUUCCUGCUGGUGGCCAAUAUCCUGCUGCUCAAUCUGCUCAUUGCAAUGUUCAGCUACACGUUUGGCAAAGUACAGGGCAACAGCGACCUCUAUUGGAAGGCCCAGCGUUACAGCCUCAUCCGAGAAUUCCACUCGCGGCCUGCGCUGGCCCCGCCCUUCAUCGUCAUCUCGCACGUGCGCCUCAUCUUCCGGCGAUUGCGCAGGCACCGGGCUAGUUGGCCUGACUCUCCGCACUUAGAGCAUUUCCGUGUCUACCUCUCGAAAGAAGCUGAGCGGAGGCUGUUGACUUGGGAGUCGGUGCAGAAAGAGAAUUUUCUGUUGGCGCGCAUGAGGGACAAGCGGGAGAGCGACUCUGAGCGACUGAAGCGCAUGUCCCAGAAGGUAGACACUGCGUUGAAGCAGCUGGGACAGAUCCGCCAGUGCGAACAGCGUCUGAAAGGGCUGGAGUGCCAGGUCCAACACUGCAGUCGUGUCCUGGAUUGGAUGGCUGAGACCUUGAGCCGUUCUCCAUUGCUGCCCCCAGGAGGGCCACCACCCCCAGUGCCCGUUGGACCCAAAGACUGA